GAAUUGAAUAAUAAAUAUCGAAAAUUAUAAUUAUAAGUAAAUGAAGAAAGUCAGAAAGCGGGAAUUAUCUCUCUUCUUCGUCUCUCUCGUUAGAACUUCCUUCACACACUACACACAGUAAUAACAAACCCCAGACAAAUCCACCCGAAACCCUAAUCAAAAUGGACACGCCGAGACACACGUGCUUGAAACUGGAUAUCCGUGUGGCCGGCGGCGGCGUAGCUGAACCCGUAUUCGUGAAGGGCACGUGGCACCCGACCCGAUUCGACCUUUCCAUAACCGACGGACUCCACGCCUGGAACUGCCAUGCUACUGAAGAAGAGGUGAAAGAGAGGGCUUCGUCUUGGGACCAAACGGUGUCGGAUUAUCUCGAUUUGGCUGAGAGGUAUCUCGGCUUUCAACAAUCCGGGUCGGUUUACGGGUUUUCGGAUGCUGGAAACGGAUCCAAACGGCUAUCGUGGACAUUCGAAAAGGAAGGUACGAAGCUGGAGUGGCGGUGGAAAUGCCAACCUUCGUCAGAUUGCAAGAAAACUACUGCACAAGUGUUGGACUUUCUGAUGGAUGCUAACAUAAGACUGAGUGAGGAAGUCGUGUGGAAGAUGCAGUCGUUUGACACGCUCAAACUAGAGGCCGAAAAAUGUUUAGCACAAAGUGAGAAGCUCAGCUCUGAGAAAUCCGAAUUUGAAUCCGAAAUCUACGGAAAAUUUGUUAAUGUAUUGAACACGAAGAAAGCAAAACUGAGAGAGCUUAGGGAUCGACUAUCCAAACAAGGCACAACCCAUCAUUUGCCAGAAGACGAAGAAGAUCAAUCCACAGACAAGACCGAGAGCUUUGAUGAAGGAACCGACGAUGAUGAAGAUGACCGGGGAAAGAAUAUUCUAGAUUCCUCUAAAGAUGCCACUAGAUCGGCUAGUAAACCCCGUGGUAGAAAAAGGAAAUAAACGUGUUUUUUUGCAUUAGUUCCGGUUUGCCGGAAGGUCCUGAAUCUGUUCUGUUUUAGGAACAUGUUUUCUUAGUGUCUGCAGUCUGCUAAACAAGGUUCAAACAUGUUUACCACAUGUUUAAUGAGUUUUGGAAUGAAAUAAA